UGUGCAGAGAUUUGAUGAUAAAAUGCUAGAAUAUUUAUUUUGUUCUCAUGUACCGUAUAGUCUGAUAUUCUUCCGUGAAAUACAAACUGCUGUCAUUAACCAAUCUCUGCGUGCCCUAUAAGAGGGAGUUUCCCUGUCCAAAGUCUCAGUGUCAUCCACCCAGAUAAACACACCAGGAACAAGGCUGAGUAGUUCACGGAGCUUUCUUCUGUAGAGAUUUAUUCAUCAUGCUAGGUGUCAAUUUGCAAGCAGGUCACUUUGAGCCUGCCGUCUCUGGCAUCAUGAGCGGCAAGAGCCUCCUCCUGAAGGUCAUCCUGCUUGGUGAUGGCGGCGUGGGCAAGAGCUCGCUGAUGAACCGCUAUGUGAGCGACCGUUUCGACUCGCACUCUUUCCACACCAUCGGUGUGGAAUUCCUGAACCGCGACCUGGAAGUGGACGGGCGUCCUGUGACGCUGCAGAUCUGGGACACCGCGGGCCAAGAGCGCUUCAGGAGCCUACGCACACCGUUCUACCGUGGCGCUGACUGUUGCUUACUGACAUUCGCUGUGGACGACGCUCAGAGCUUCCACAACCUCAGUGCCUGGAAGCAGGAGUUUGUGCGCUACUCGGAUGUGCGUGAGCCUGAGCGCUUCCCCUUCGUCGUGCUCGGAAACAAGGUGGACAAGGUCGAGGACGGCGAACGGCAGGUGCCCGAGGAGGAGGCACGCGCCUGGUGCCAGGAGAACGGCCAUUGCCCUUACUUCGAGACCAGUGCAAAAGACGACACCAAUGUAAGCGCUGCCUUUGAGGCCGCUGUCCGUGAAGUGCUGGCCUGCGAGGAUCACGUCGAUCACACUUUGCUCGGAAGCACUAUUGACCUGCACGGCAAUCGCAAGGCACCACGCUCUUCCUGCUGCUGAGGAUCUCACUGAGAUUAAAUGCUUCAAAUGGUGUUAACCUUCUAGAUGCUCCUCAUCGCUGCCUGCUCCUGCAAAGGUCAAUGUAAUGAAAAGGGAGUAGAUGGAGUGCAUAGAGUCUUGACUGGGGGACUUUCUAGGCUUAUUUAGAUACAGAUGUUAGAGAAAUACUCAUACGGUGUCACUGGUAGAAUAUUAUUUGGUCUGCUUCGCUGCCUACAUUUGCAAAAGAGCCAGUGGUAUGAUGGAGGAGGGACAUCUCUGUAUCCUUAAUCUGAAGUUAUACUGGGCUUAAUUGAGUAAGAUGUGUAACACAACUGCCCACAGAGCGUCACUGGUGUGGUAUUGUGUGUUUGUGUGUGUGUGUGUGUGUGUGUACAAGACAUCAAACUGGAACAUCUACGGAUAAAAAGUCUUUGCUGUGUUGCAUUAACCUUCUGGAUGGUCCUGCCUACACUCACAAAAGGGCAACGGUACGAUAAGGAUGCAGCAUAACCUUGACUCUGUAUCUUUCCUGGCUUGAUUAGCGACAGAAAUUACACACGUAGUGUCGACGGUAUGCUGUAAUCUCUAACUCUUUCCUGCCAAAGGCUCUUGUGCUGCACUGUUUUCUAACAUCUCUGCUUUCUUUUCCUGGAGGUCACGGGGCUCCUACAUGCUUCAUGAAGCUCUCAUUUCUCGUUUAUCAGGCAGAGUGCGUUUCUGCUUGUAUUGUGAUGUUAUACAGUAGCCUAACCACAUUGUUCCUACUUCUGUAAUGCAGGUUUAUGCUACCUUAUGGUUUGUGUAUAUACAAGAGGAAGACUAUUGAUGUUUGAAUUACCCAUCAUGAAGCAUUUUUAGUUUCUGUUCCUUUUCCUAGGUACAAACGUUAUGGUACUCUUUAUACUGGAUGAUCUUUGUUUUAAGGUUGUCGUCUGACAAUGGAGCGGUUGUGUCUGUGAGGUGAAGCAUGUACCAGCUCUCUGUCACUCUGAAAAUAAGGGCUGUCUUGCACAGAAAAUCUGUGGCCGUUUCUACAGUGUGCAUUCACAUUCAGUCCUUCACAUCAGAGCCUAGUAAAGUAUUAAGUGUCGGUCCUAAGUCAGCACUAAUUUGCUUUUGUAGCAGUUAAGCAUCAGGAGCACUUGUGCUCUCGGUCAGCGGUUUUAUGGCUUGUUGUUUUGCUGCCUGUUACUUUUAAAUGGCAAAAUAAUUAGUAAUAUCUCUUUGCUAAUAUGAAUGUGGAAAAAAUAUAACCAAAGCACAUUUGCUCUGGCAUCUUGAACUUAACUUUCAAUGUAUUGCAAAAGGUACUUGUGCACAGUCCUGUAUUUUCAGAUAUAUUUGGUACACAAGAUUUUGAUAUUGAUGAGGUAUGUAACAUUUUAUCCCCCCCACCACAGCCCCCCCACAGCCCCCCCACAGCCCAUAUUAGAUAGUGACCUCUCUUUCUAAGAGUAAACCAGACCUGAUGAAGAUUUUGAUAUCUACUUGCUGCCUAUAUUUAAGCAACAGAUGUAGCUCAUCGGUCCAUCCUUCCACUCAAAGUUUACUCUCCUAACUAAAGUAUUGCAUUAACCUGAAGGAUGGCCCUUGCCUUUGCUUGCUCUUGCAUGUAAACUCCACAAUGCUUUAUGCUCUUGUCCUGCUAAUGGUUCAUGAAGCAGCCUAUAUGGGUUGCAAAUCUCCAUCCAGUUAUCACAGAUUCUUUAUCACAGAUGUUUAAUGAGAAGGGUUCACUGUGAAACAGCAUCAGUUCUGGCGCUGUGUUUCCUCUCACAUUUGCUACAUAGAGCUCUACCAGUAUUUAUUCUCUGUAUUGGAAAAUACCGAACUGCCGAUAGCUGAUGGCAUUUUAAGUUGAGGUACCUGAGUAAGUUGUGUUCACUGUGAUUUGGAUCUUUUUUUAAACGUUAUUACCUUGUUUGGAGUUUUAUUUUAUUUGUUAUAGGUGUUGCAUUCUAGGGAAGGUUUGUGUUCUUGCACACUGAAACAAGUUUUUGAUUGCUUUAAUGAUUCUUUUAAAAUGGCUGUAAUUGAUUUUGUUGUUCGUUAACCAAGAUCUAGGUUUCUGGUACGCUGCAAUAAUCCAUGUUUACUUUUUGCGUUCUGUUUGAGUACCUUGGAAUACCAUUUGCAUAUUACUUUACAGUUUUGGAAAAGUAUUGCUUUGUAAAUCUGCCACAAGUCCACCUAUUUAUUAGUGCACUGGCUUUGCAACUAAUGUCAAAUGUUGUAUGGGUUGCACUUGAUGUUCCCCAAUACCGCUCUGACGUACUAUAACGUUAGUCCAGCGUCACAAAGUAUUUGCUUCGAACUGAGCUCAAAUUGUGUAAUGAUGCCUGAGUGCGGGCGUGUAUCACCUCAACCAUCCAGCCCAGUGUCUGGCAUCGUAUCAGUCUCGGCAAUAAAGGUGGUCAAGGCUGCUUUUGUUUACAAACCGAACUAAUUCAGUUGGCAAAUAUACAAUACCAGUGUGAAUAAACCUUACAACUGACUGACA